UGAUGAACCCCAUAACAAAUACGAAUAUUCUUUUCGUUUGUGUACGCUCCUUUCUGGACGAGAAUCAGAUACAGCAAUUGGAUGAUAAAAAAUAAUUUGAGAAUAAAUAUCUGCCAACAACAUUUCCCCCUCAGACCUGGAUUCUAAAGGGAGGAGAGAUUAACAGAGCUCUGAAGAAGGAGAAAUUUUACAUACAAGUGGACUGCUUGCUCUUCCUAACUAUGGAUAAGGUUGAAGAUUCAAUUAAGAAUCAAAUAGCUGCACUUUGGCGAGUUAUAAAUGUGACAAGAAGCUUUAAGGAGGACAACCUUCCUUGCCAAAUUGAAGAGGGCCUCUUCUUGGGUUCUUUUGGUGCUGCUAAUAAUAAGGAUGCACUAAAAAGCAAGAAUAUUACCCACAUCUUAACAGUAGCUAAUUCUUUGGCUCCUGCUCAUCGAGAUGAUUUUAUAUAUAAAGUCAUUGGAGUUGCGGAUAAAGAAGACACAAAUUUGAGACAAUACUUUGAUGAGUGUUUCAGUUUUAUUGAUCAAGCUAAAAGACAGGGUGGUGGUGUUUUGGUUCAUUGCUUUGUUGGAAGAUCCAGAAGUGUGACAAUUGUUGUCAGUUAUCUGAUGAGAAAGCAUGGAAUGAGCCUAUCCCAAGCUCUUGAUCAUGUGAAGAAAAGACGACCUCAGGCUGCUCCUAAUUUAGGUUUCAUCUCACAACUGCAAGACUUUGAGAAAUCUCUUCAAGGUGCAUCAACCUAGGCAUCCCAUCAUAAUGCGCAAGCAGAGAUGAGAAGGACAUGGAAAGGCUUAGCAUUGCAGAAUUCUGCUUUUCUUACACGUUGAAAAGAUAUAGCAAUAUGUCGGGGGCAGAAAACAAACAAUUGAUAGUAUAAACUUCAAAUACAGUAGCUCUAUGAUAUUUUGAGCUUGUUUCUUUCUUUAGUGAAAUGACUUCAUAAUUUACUUGUA